AUGGCAAACGAGAAUACGUGUUGCUUGCACCUGGCCUCCGUUGCAGUCAUCGUCCUGCUUGCAAGUCUGAUAGGAAUUCUCGUCAGCUUGGGAUUCACAGAGGACACAUGGCAGCUUGGAUCCGUCGAGGAGGCUUGGAGCGACCUUGCCAAUUUCGACCGUUCUGCCUAUUUUGUGGCGCUUCUGAUUGGAAUGCUCACGACGCUUCCAGCCCUGAUCUGCAAAAGGGGGUCGUCGCACAAACAAGUUCGAGAGGAACCGACUGAGCCCACAGGCACUGCCCAGCCUGGCACGGCUGCGCCCCAGGCGCCUCCAGCGCCUCCAGCGCCAAAGCCAAAGCCGAAGCCGAAGCCAAAGCCGCUCAGCCCAAGGAGCCAGGCCAAGGAACUUGUGGGUUCCCGCAUGAACCCCGAGCAGGCAGAAAAGGCCGCAGAGAAAAUCAUGUCCCUGCGGGCCUAUGUUCAGCGCACAGACCCGAUUAAUUUGGAUGAGAUGUGGGCCUUCUUUGAUCUUCCUGCUCCUACAAGUAGCCGAUCCAUGGAUCCCUCUGAUCCGGUGAUGCAGAAGUUGAAGGGCAAGUUAAACAGACAGCGUCUGCUUUUCCAUCCAGACAAGAACGGUCACCCCGAGGCGGAACGGACCUUCAAGUUCCUGGAGGUUUGCCAUCAGAAGCUGACGCGGGCCUAUACCCGUCAGGGAGAGUCUGUCCACCAGCGGACACGGAGGGAGGAGGAGGAGUUAAAGAAGGAGGAAGAGCGCCGCAAAAAGCAGGAGGAGGAACGGCGGGCGCAAAUGGCCUUGAUCGAGAAGGAAGAGGAGGAGAGGGUCCGAAAGGCGGAGGAAGAGAAGCGUCGUUUGGAGCUAAUGCUUCAGGCGAAGCAGUCGGCAUUUGAGGCCAAGGUGAAUAACACUCAGAUUCUUAGGCGCACGCCCUCGAAUGAGUUGCAUGCGGCAGGGAUCUUCACAAACACCUGCGUGCUCUCUAAAAGCCUUCUGGGCAGACAGGAGGAUGCAGAACAGCCUGCCGCCCCCAUCGGUACGCUCAAGGUUCGCCUGCUGCGUGCGCGUGACCUCCCCGUGCCAGAGUAUUUGCUUUCUGGCUUCAACUUUGCUGAAGUGCGCGUCGGAGAACAGAGCUUCCAGUCUGAGAAAGUCCCGGGUGAAAAUCCAACCUGGGAUUGCAACUUCAGCUUCAACGUUCACCGAGUUGACACCGUGCUGGCAGUGAGUGUUUUCCGCGAGGGCUGGUUUCAAGACUACCUUGUGGGGAAGCUGGAGAUUCCAUUCCUGGACAUUGAGGAGUGGUCAGGCCACGCGAUUGGCCGGCUGUUAGAGCCGCCGGAACCAAGCGACCUCUGCAUGCUUGUCGAGCUUUGUGCCUCCUUUGAGUGGUUCUGA